UCCUCCUUUUCCUUUUACACACAUGCCUACAGAUGCACACACAUGCUUCCUCUCCUCCUCGCUCCGCGCUCUCAUCCUCUCCUCACAUCCACUGGCAACUGUGCUGAAGCGGGGUCCCUCACCAAGCCCGUGGAUCCCUUCACUUGACUAAUUAGCCUUGAAGUGCUGCUGAAGAUCAUCAUAUUUAGCUUGGCGACCCAACGACAGAGUGCAGACAGAUAUAGACUCGGCUGGCUGGAGGCUGGGCGCCUGGCAGAGGGCUACCUCUCUAUCUCUCUCUAUUCACACUCGGCGCCGAGGGCUUCUCCGCGGCGGAAGUGAGGGGCGGUUUAGCUUUCAAAGAGACGAAAAGGGGGAGGAAAGAGAAAGAAGCUGAGCUGAAACCACAACAAAACCCCAGGAUGGGAGUCCACUGCAGGAACCAAUCCUCCUAGACUCAGAGAGUAAGAGGAGGCAGCGGUCACCGCGCAGCAGCACGGAUCCCAGGAUACAGAUUUAAGAUGAUCGACAGCCGGUUGUCUGCGCAGAGGAGAGCAAUGAGGAACCUCCCUGCAGACAGAGGCCUGCAAAAAACCAGCACCUACAUCGUGCCCUGUUUCCUCUUUGUGGAGCUGGUCAUCAUGGCAGGGACCGUUCUGCUGGCGUACUACUUUGAAUACACGGACACGUUCCCCGUGCACGUCCAGGGCUUCUUCUGCUUCGACAAAGCCUACUCUAAGCCCUACCCGGGACCAGAGGACAACAGCAAAGCGCCGCCUGUCCUCGUCUACUCCCUCGUCACCGCCAUCCCCACUGUGACGAUUCUGAUCGGAGAAGUGACCAGUUUCUUUGUGAAGACGGAGGGAGCCCAGGAGAAGACCAUCGUGACGGCCGACUGCUGUUAUUUCAACCCUCUCCUCCGUAGGAUCGUACGUUUUCUGGGCGUCUACUCCUUUGGCCUCUUCACCACGACGAUCUUCGCCAACGCCGGUCAAGUGGUGACAGGGAACCAGACGCCUCACUUCCUGACCGCCUGCAAGCCCAACUACACGGCGCUGGGCUGCCAGUCUCCGCUGCAGUACAUCAGCGAGCGGCGGGCCUGCACGGGAAACCCCUACCUGGUGGUGUCGGCCCGCAAGUCCUUCCCCUCCAAAGACGCAGCGCUCAGCUUCUAUUCAGCCAUCUACACAGUAAUGUAUGUAACCCUGGUGUUCCGAACGAAAGGGACUCGGCUGACAAAGCCCACCCUGUGCCUGGUGCUGCUGUCUCUGGCCGUGCUGGUGGGGGUGGUGAGGGUGACGGAGCACAGGAACCACUGGAACGACGUCCUGGCUGGCUUCAUCACGGGAGGAGCCAUCGCUGCCUUCCUGGUUUCUUGUGUGAUCAACUAUUUCCAGCAGACGCAGACGGCGGCGCCGUCGUCUCCGCCGCCGCAGCGCCCGGAGCCCUCCAUCGGGAUCCCCCUCCUCAGUCUGCCUCGUGUGGAGAGUCCACUCGAAAAGCUCCAGGGUUACCGUAUUCUGAGAUCACAUGACCAUCAGCCAAUCCCGUCCCCCACCCCUCCCGAUGUGCUCCUCCCCUCGCGGCGUUGCCUCACCAGCGCAGUCUAGACCUGCCCUCCGAAUGCCCCCUACCCUGCCCCGCCCACCCCGAAGGACGACAGCCCCUCAGACGAGUCAAGUCCACCCAGGUCUGAGCGUCGCCCUCGCCGCCGGAGACAAACCAGCAACACGCUCGCAGGCUGAAUCCUGUCGUGUGCUCAGGAUCAGCAGGAGACAGAGACUUCCUGCCCCGAG